AUCACUCUGAAAACCCCACAACGGUCCUGUUUCUUAUCCCCAACUCCUCGCCAUGCAUCCCUUCUUCUCCCCACCCGCUUCCAACCCUACAAUCUCCAGAUUUCCGACCAUUUUCCCGCCGUUAAGGGCCGCUAUCCGCCCUCCCGUCCACCGCCGGACGACAAGGUUCAGGUCCGAGGCCAGCUCCGAUGGCGCCGACGCUCCAACCAUCCAAGAAAGCGAAGGAGAAGAGCAGGACCUCAAACCAUCUUCUUUUGCCUCUGUUUCACCUUCCAUUGAUAAAGAUAUCAAGAAAGCUGUUCAGAAAACUGCAGCAACAUUUGCACCAAGGGCUUCCACAGCAAGCAAGAACCCUGCUGUGCCAGGCACUGCUCUGUAUACUCUUUUUGAAGUUCAAGGUUAUGUCUCCAUGUUACUUGGUGGAGCUCUUUCUUUCAACCUCGUUUUCCCAUCCAAUGAACCUGACAUUUGGAGAUUAAUGGGAAUGUGGUCCAUUUGGAUGUUCACCAUUCCUUCCCUCAGAGCACGAGAUUGCUCGAAAAAUGAGAAAGAAGCUCUGAAUUAUCUGUUUCUUGUUAUACCAUUAAUCAACAUUUUGAUUCCAUUUGUAUGGAAAUCAUUCGCAGUUGUUUGGUCUGCAGAUACCAUUGUCUUCUUUCUGAUGUAUACAUGGAAGAUGGGAUGGCUUCAGAGGGCAGAGUAGAUAGAAACUAGAAUUUUGCAGGGUUUGUCCAACAGGGAUGUUCUAAUUCAUUGUUUCUCAGUUCUCCGCUGGAUAUAUCAAACAAUGAAUCAGCUCGGUUCUUUAUUGUAUCGUUUCUGAUUAAAUUUGUAAAGACAAUAGAUUUUUAUAGUCACAAAGGUUGGUCUAUGUAAAACUCUACUGUGGGUAUUUAUACAGUAUUCCAAGAAUUAAU